UAACAACACCACAUUUAACACCCGUGACAGUAAACGAGAUCCAACUGCUUGGACAUCACUGAAACCGUCAAGUUUAACGAGUUUAAAGCGAUAUUUAUCGUUGUGAAAAGUUGCGCUGAAACCUAUGACAACAUGAUAUGAGCAUCGCUGGUCGGGACUAAAAUAAGAAUAAAAUGGGAUGUCUUGCUUUGAUAACAGCAUGUAAAGGCACGGCGCUUCUGUUUUGUGUCAUUCUUCAGGUUCUAAAUGCAGAGAACUCAACAACAGUUGAAAGUAACACAGCGCCCCCUGUCGAUACAAGCACUUCUUCAACUGAGACUCCAACAUCAACUGCUACAACACAUGACACCACCACAGCGCCCCCUGUAACUACAAGCACUUCAUCAACUGAGUCUCAAACAUCAACUACUACAACAGUUGAAAGUACCACAGCGCCCCCUGUCGACACAAGCACUUCAUCAACUGAGUCUCCAACAUCAACUGCUACAACAGUUGAAAUUACCACAGCGCCCCCUGUCAACACAAGCACUUUUUUACCAACAUCUACAGCUACAACACUUGACACCACCACAGCGACCCCUGUCACUACAAGCGCUUCUUUAGCUGAGUCUCAAACAUCAACUGCUACAACAGUUGAAAGUACCACAGCGCCCCCUGUCAAUACAAGCACUUCUUCAACUGAGUCUCCAACAUCAACUGCUACAACAGUUGAAAGUACCACAGCGCCCCCUUUCAAGACAAGCACGUCAGCUCAGUCUCAAACAUCAACUGCUACAACACUUGACACCACCACAGCGCCCCCUGUCGAUACAAGCACUUCAUUACCAACAUCAACAGCCACAAAGCUUGACACCAUCACAGCGCCCUCUGUUAAUACAAGCACUUCUUCAACUGAGUCUCAAACAACUUCUACAACACUUGACACCACCACAUCGCCCCCUGUCAACACAAGCACAUCAGCUCAGUCUCAAACAUCAACUGCUACGACAUUUGAAAGUACCACAGCGCCCCCUGUCUAUAGAAGCGCUUCUUCAACUGAGUCUCCAAUAUCAACUGCUACAACACUUGGCACCACCACAGCGCCCCCUGUCAAUACAAGCACUUCAUUACCAACAUCAACAGCUACAACACUUGGCACCACCACAGCGCCCCCUGUCGAUACAAGCACUUCAUUACCAACAUCAACAGCUACAACACUUGACACCACCACAGCGCCCCCUGUGAAUACAAGCACUUCUUUACCAACAUCAACUGCUACAACACUCGACACCACCACAGCGCCCCCUGUCGAUACAAGCACUUCUUCAACUGCUACAACAGUUGAAAGGACCACAGCGCCCCCUGGUGAUACAAGCACUUCAUUACCAACAGCUACAAGGCCAGAUGUGAUCAGGAAUCUCACAGCAUCUGAAAUCUCAACAUCAUCGGUGCUUCUGAAAUGGGAUAAACCUCUCGGAGAUGGAUUUUCCUUUAAAGUACAAUGGACUGGUGAUGGAACAGGGGUAAAAGUAACCAAUGACACAUUCUAUAAAAUCACUGGACUAACUCCUGGUGUCCAGUACACAUUCAAGAUCACCGCUGUUGCGGCAGAUAACUUGACAGAAGGAGAUCCUUUUGAUUUUUCAACGUGUACCAAGCCAGAAGUGAUCAGGAAUCUCCAAGCAUCUAAAAUCAAAACAACCUCUGUGUUUCUGAAAUGGGAGGAGCCUGUUGGAAACAGAUCCUUCUUUAAAGUUCAAAGGACAAAAAAAGACAGAAGUGACAGUUCCACAGUUAUUGACACAUAUUUGAGUUUCACUGAUCUAAAUCCUGGAGUCACUUACGAAUUUUGCAUCAGGGCCGUUGCAACAGAUAAUAAUACAGAAGGUGAACUCAUCUGCAUCUUAGUUACAACAGAGGGUCCUGACAAUACUGGGAUGAUUGUUGGCAUAACUCUGGGUUUGUUCUGUUUCAUCAUAAUCAUCAUUCUUAUUUUAUUCAUCUAUACAAGGAGGCGAACAAAACCCAGAGAAUAUCCUACAGAUAUUCCAAUCGAUAACAUUAGGAAUCAAUUUAGUACUGCUUUAAGAAUGGAAGAUUAUGAAGAGUAUUAUAGGAGGAAACAUGCAGACUCCAACUGUGGUUUCGCUGAAGAGUAUGAGGAGUUGAAAACUGUCGGAACUGCUCAGGCCAAAAAUUCAGCACUGGCUAUUGAAAACAAGGCAAAGAACCGCUACAAUGAUGUGUUACCUUAUGAUGCUUCAAGAGUUAAAUUAUCUAUGUGUGGCAACCCCUUUGAAGACUACAUCAAUGCCAACUAUAUUCCGGGCUACAAUUCAAGAAAGGAGUUUAUAGCCGCUCAGGGUCCGCUACCCAUAACAGUGAAUGAGUUCUGGAGAAUGAUCUGGGAAAAGAACGUCUGCACCUUAGUGAUGCUGACCAAAUGCAAAGAGCAGGGACGAGUCAAGUGUGAGAAGUACUGGCCAUCUGGGACUAGUCAUUACCAUAACAUCUCUGUGACGAUUACCUCAGAGAUACCACUGGAGUGCUGGACCAUACGAGACUUUAGCGUCAAAAAUGUGAAAACAGCGGAGACACGCAAUGUACGGCAAUUCCACUUCACGGCGUGGCCAGAUCAUGGAGUUCCACAGAGCACUGAACUUCUUAAUGACUUCAGACAUGUGGUGAGAGAACACAUAGACCAGUACUCUCGUCACUCUCCAACUAUAGUACAUUGCAGUGCUGGUGUAGGUAGAACAGGGACCUUCAUUGCGAUCGACCGCCUGAUCUUCCAGAUUGAAAGAGAAAGCAUGGUGGACGUCUAUGGAAUCGUUCAUGAUAUGCGAAUGCACAGGCCUUUCAUGGUGCAGACUGAGGCUCAAUAUGUUUAUCUACAGCAGUGUGCCAAUGACAUGAUUCGAUCAAGAACUGGAACCAAUGUAGACUUAAUUUAUCAGAACCCAGAAGCCCUUCAUACCUAUGUAAAUUUUCCAGUUAAGAAUGCAAAUUGAAGAUGGUCAUACGAUCAUAAAAAUGUGAUCAUGAUAGAUAUUACAUACAACAUUUAGUUGUAAUUCUGUGAUUCUGCACAGAAGUAACAUUUCUCCUCAAUACAAACAAUACAAUGACACACAAAAAGAUAUAUAGAUAAACUUAAAAAAAACCCAGAACAUUAUGUAAUAUUUUGAAUAAGAGAUUUUUAUUUUUUUACUUUGACUUAACCAAAGAAUAUAUUUGUAUAAUUUAUCAUAUUUAAGACAAAUGUCAAACUCCUGUAUGUUUCUUCUACUACGUUUUUACUAUGACAGCUUAAUUCUGUAUGCCGAUAUAAGGGACUUUGUGAUUCGUUUUUAUAAAAUGUUUCUUUCUUAUCAGAGUUUACUUAUCAAUAUAGUUAAGUAGCAAUAUGGUUUUUGGUCCUGAUGUAUCAAUGUAAAAUAUAUGCUUUCAGUCAGAGGGAAAUUUCAAUGAAAUGAAAUGGACUUGUAAAAAAAUAUGCUUUGUAAUAUUGUUCAAUAAUUUGGGACUGAAAAAUUGUUUUUUUCCAAUAUCAUAUUUUUAUUUUUUCAUGUUUUUAAUGUUAUUUGUUCCUCCUUUUACUAGAAGGCACUUUAAUAGUUUAGCAUUUCAAAGUAUAUGAUAAAAAUGUAUGUUUUUACAGUGGUAAUGCUUUUGUUGUGAUAUCCAGACAACUAUGUCUAAAUUGCUGACCAUUGCUAAAUUACAUGGAGCACAUUUCCACCAUCGCGCCGAAUCGUUCUCGUUACUUAAUCAUUCCACACCGUGCCGUUCCUUGCAAGCCGGUACGUAAAUGGUUUAAUUUUCCACCGCAGGGCUGAUAACAGAAAUUUUUAGAAAGUAAACACAAACGUGUCACGCGAUGCCUUGGUAACACAAGAGACUGAGCUAUAACGGCUCUCCGUGCGUUCAUUAGCACGAUUCAGCACGGUUAUAGAACCGUACUGAAAAUUCUAAGAUGAGAACAGUUUGUUAUCGUGCCGUGUCGAACCAGGCUCACGUGGAAACAUAACUGUAACCGUUUCAGACUGUGCUUAGAACCGUUCGGCGCGAUGGUGGAAAAGCGCUCAUGGAAUUACAUGACUAUUUUCAUCAGGAAUUAUAACUGUAAUGGUACAACUGUGCUGUUUAAUGGGUUCGUUCUGUGGUAUUGUUUGUAGUUAUCUUAUAUAAAUAAAUAUAUAUAUUUAUCUUUAUUAACUUUAAUUAAUUUAACUUUUUACAUGUAUUUAACACUGUGUACAUGUAUAUGUAUACAGUACUUGGUUGCGUAAAUGUUGAUUAAACUGAUUCAGUUCUUUUGGAAGAUCUAC